GUACAGAGGCGUUCUCCUACGCGUCCGUCAAGAGGAAAUCAGUCGGGAGCUUUUUUGCCUUUCUUUACGUUUUGUUGUUGACUUCGGUUUAUUGACUGGUACGAGUUUUGAUCGACGCGCAAAAAAAAGAAAGGGCUCUGUCUUUUUUGUUUUCGUGUAGCGAGUGAGUUUUUUUUGUGGGGGGGAGUAGGGGGAGGCUCUGUUUCUCUCUCUCUCUCUCUCUCUCUCUCUCUCUGUGUUCUCCAUUGCGCAUGUUCUCUCUGUCUCUUCUCUACCAACACAACUGCGCCCGAGUCACAACAAUCAACCAAAAUAAAUAUAAAUAUAUUUUUCCUACUAAAUACCUCUGUAUAUCAUAACCGAAGCUUAGAAACAGGACCACAGAGUUCAGUAUAGUGUCCUGUGUUUGUUUCGCGUUGUGUGGAAUUAAAAAAAAUAGUGCUUGGCUAAUACACUUAGUUAGCUAAAUUUUCGGAUUUAAAAAUAAAGUAAAAUAAAAAUGGACGAACACACAUACAAUUGGAGAGCUUUUCGUCUCAACCAAUGAAUAUAACAUUAUACAUUAUACAUAUAUAUAUGCUCUGUUGGUUUAUUUUUCUCCACGUAACUAUAGCUAGCAGCUAGCAUUGGUGUCCAAAAUCGCUGUUUAGAGCUCGCUUAGCCCAGCUAGUUUAUUAUUAGCCAGCUAGCACGAGCCCGUGGUGGAAUUUUUUAUCGAUUGGACAGCGCUUUUUUUUUGUUUUAAAAAUUAUUUAAUUUUGAUUUUAUUAUCUUUUAAAACUCCACUAGGACAAAACUGAGAGAUGUAUUUGUCAUUUCGACGGCUUCAGGAUUAAGGUCUUUAAGUGGAAGUGAAGUGGGGAGUGUGUGAAAGGCGGCCAACGUCAUCAGGCGGCGUUAUAACGUUUACAGUUAGCAUAACACUCGGGAGUUAGCAUAGCAUAAGCGUUGGCACGAUACAGGCAGAAGCAUAGCAACAGCAGCCGCGCGCGAGUGAGUAGCGAUCCGGAGAUGCCAUGGUGGCUCUAGCUCGCCGCUUUGACCGUGUGGCGGAGCUCCUGCUUGCCGCUGGCUCGUCUUGUGUGAAGCUCGCCGGGCCGGUGGCCGCUGCUCCUGCGUGGAUGAAGCAGUAAGGGGAUCGGAGCUGUUCCCUGGCUCAGCUGAAACGCCAUGCAGGCGGCCCAGUGCCAGUACGAUUUCUACAGCGAGGAGAACGCGCCCAAAUGGAAGGGACUGCUGGUGCCGUCCCUCAGCAAGGUGCUAAGUCAGGUACACCCCAAGCUGUCGUCUCAGGAUGAGGCUCUGCAGUACAUCGAGGAGCUGAUUCUGCUGCUACUGAGCAUGCUCUGUCAGGCCCAACCUCGCACCGUGCAGGAUGUGGAGGAGCGAGUCCAGAAGAGUUUCCCUCACCCCAUCGAUAAGUGGGCCAUCGCGGACGCCCAGGCGGCCAUUGAGAAGAGGAAGAGGAGGAACCCUCUCGCUCUGCCUGUGGAUAAGAUUCACCCACUUCUGAAGGAGGUACUAGGCUACAAAAUAGACCACCAGGUGUCCGUGUACAUCGUGGCGGUGUUGGAAUACAUCUCAGCGGACAUCCUGAAGCUGGCUGGAAACUACGUACGAAACAUACGGCACUAUGAGAUCUCGCAACAAGACAUCAGUGUGGCCAUGUGCGCUGAUAAGGUGUUGAUGGACAUGUUCCAUCAGGACGAGGAGGACAUCAGCGGCUUCCCCCUCAUGGACGAGGAGCCAUCGGCGUCCGAGGCGCAGACCUACUACGACCUGGUGAAAGCGUUCAUGUCCGAGGUGCGUCAGUACCUGAGAGACCUGAACCUCAUCAUCAAGGUGUUCCGCGAGCCGUUCGCCACCAACACCAAGCUCUUCUCGCACCACGAUGUGGAGAACAUCUUCAGUCGUAUAGUGGACAUCCACGAGGUGACACUGAAGCUGCUCGGGCUCAUCGAGGACACGGUGGAGAUGACGGACGAGGGAAGCCCUCACCCUCUGGUGGGCCGCUGCUUCGAGGACUUGGCCGAGGAGCUGGCCUUUGACCCCUAUGAGACGUACGCUCAGGACAUCCUACGGCCCGGAUUCCAUGACCACUUCCUCAGCCAGCUCUCCAAACCCGGUGCAGCCUUCUACCUCCAGUCGAUAUGUGAAGGCUUCAAAGAGGCCGUGCAGUACGUAUUACCUCGGCUGCUCCUGACCCCAGUUUACCACUGCCUCCACCACUUCGAGAUCUUAAAGCAACUGGAGGAGAAAAGUGAGGAUGAGGACGAUAAGGAACGUCUGAAGCAGGCCAUCACUGCGCUCCUCAACCUUCAGAGCAGCAUGGAGAGGAUCUGCUCCAAAAGCCUGGCCAAGAGAAGACUCAGCGAGUCGGCCUGCCGCUUCUACAGUCAGCAGAUGAAGGGCAAGCACCUGGCCAUCAAGAAGAUGAACGAGAUCCAGAGGAACAUCGACGGCUGGGAGGGCAAAGACAUCGGCCAGUGCUGCAACGAGU